GAAAUAUUCGCAUCCGGGAUAAGGAAAAAUGGAAAAGAAAUAAAGGAAGUGAGAGAUGAAAAUUAAACAAUAAAUUAAUGAAAUUAAUUAGAGGAAGAAGAUAGGGGCGGAAGCGGGGCAACUUUCCCCCAAUUUAAGCUAAGAUGAACAAAUAGAGCUCAUAAUAAAAAGUUUGGUAAAAAUUGCGCCUCCAUUUCCUCUCCACCAUUACAUUUCCGCCUCCAUCUUCGUCUUUCUUCACCUCCUUCCACCCACCUGCGAUCCCCUUUUCUUCCUUUUUCCGUCUUUAUAUCUUCUUCUUUCUUCUCCCUCACUUGACCCGGAUCCUUUCUUACCCGACCCAUUUUAUUAUUACUAUCCUGCCUUUUUUUUUCAUUGAUUCUAUUCAAUUCUAAUUAUCAAAGGAAUAUUUAUCCCUUCCCCCAUUAGAAUUGCAGUUCUCUCAAUUUGGCAGUUUCGGAGUUUGUUUAUCGGUGAUAUGGAAUCUCCUCAGCGCUUUAGUGAACCUAGCGUCAACUUUCAAUAUGAAGAAGAGGAUUCAAUUAAGCAAAAAUCAAGUUCAAUUCCAGCUCCCACCAUUGCUUCUGAAAAUCUGAGUGGAGGUUUUGAUUGCAACAUUUGUCUAGACUCUGCUCACGACCCUGUAGUCACCCUGUGUGGUCAUCUCUAUUGCUGGCCUUGCAUUUACAAGUGGCUACAAGUCCAGAACUCUUCCGCUGUAGACUCGGGCGAUCGGCCAAAAUGUCCUGUCUGUAAAACAUCCAUUUCGAACUCUUCAGUGGUUCCCCUAUAUGGUCGUGGUACAUCCUCGGCAGAAUCAGAAUCUACAAAGCUCCAAUUGGGUUCGGCCAUACCACACAGGCCCCCAGCUAUUGGCGCCAACUCGCAACCAAGUAAUGCUGCAGCUAUGGGUACUUACCCACAUCAGCAACUUCAUCCCAAUCUAUUCAACCCACAGCCGGAGCCUUUCCAACCACAACAGUAUUUUCAGCCGCAGUUGCCAGCUUUCCAUCAGCAGCCUUAUUUUACUCACCCUUUUGGUAGUCAUGCAUCCAUUGGACAAUCUGGAAUUGGGAACACAGCCAUGACCAGUUUUUACAGCCCAACAAUUGGGAUGUUUGGUGAAAUGGUUUUCUCAGGGAUUUUCGGAAGCUCAGGUCCAAACUUGUUUGCACCUGCCUAUCCUACAUAUAGUAGCCCAAGGAGAGUUCGGAGGCAAGAGCUGCAGGUGGAAAAGUCUCUGUGGAGAUUGAACAUGUUCCUGGUUGUUUGCUUGGUCCUUUGUCUUCUACUUUUCUGAAUUCUAUAUUCAUUUUUUUUUUUUGGGGUAUAACUGUACAAAUUGUGGGACUAUUCUUAUGAUACGGUCAAGAGGGGGUUUAGAUACAUGUAGCAUUUAGAGGUUUUACUGGAAAACUGAAACCAGUCGGAUGAAGAUGAAACCGACUAUGUCAUUUAGAGGUCUUCUGUACAUAAUACUAUGUCAUUUAGUAAUUUACAUGGAAACUUAAUGUAUUUGAGUAUGAACUUGGAAUUGUUGAAGGAGAAGGAUGUGAUUUCCUCAAUCCAAUGGGAAUAACAAUGCUAUAUCUAUCAGUAUUAUCUUGUUGUAACCUGCAACUGUGAUUUUAUGUUAGUUGUUGAGGAAAGCCUACGAAGAAUAAUAUUGGCUUGCUUGUCUGGGGAUGGUAUUCGACUAUUUUUCACCUUCAUUAGUGCAAUGUGUUACCUUUUGCC